AAUGGAUGGACAUCUUGAGAUCGAAGCAUAAAAACUUAAUAUAUCAGGUUACUACCUUGUCUAUAUCUCAUAGAUAAUAUGGAAAAUGAAGCCAUGGGAGAUGUGGAGAAAUAUUUUUAAUCUUCUCAUGCAAAUAGGAAAGAGUUGCCUGUGAUUCGAGUAUUUGAAGAUUCAUGUUCGGAUUUACCAUAAUCAGAUCAACCUUUCGAAAAUCCAGGGGAAUCCAUUUUCGAUGAUUUAGGUCUUGAAAAACUAUAAAUUUAAUCUGUUUAAUCUGUACACAGUGAUGGAAGAGCAACCUCUUGGAGCCAUACUGAUGAUAACAAUUCUUUGAAUAAACAAUAUCUUAAAAGACCUAGAACAAGACAAUAAUUAAGCAACAAAAUUGUGGAGAGUAAUUAGGAUCUCUUUAAUGUACACUAUGCUAAAAGUUUAUAUACAAGCAAAAUUAGUUAAUUGGUUGAUAAAAAGAUUACAACUAAUCCAAAAUCAAAUCGAAUUUCGUAAUUUCAUAAAUAUUAUUCUAAAUAGAAAGAGUCAAUAGAAAAUAAAAAGAAAGUCUUCACAUUAACUUAUUGAAACAUCAGAUUAAUCUGAAUAAAAAAGCUCACUUUAAUCAGGAGGUGAGAUGUCAGAGGACAAAUUAGCAAAAAAUAGAGUUGCGGCUCGAAAUUCAAGAGCAAGAAAGAGACUUUAUUUUGAGUUAUUAGAAAAUAAAGUAAAGGAUUUGUAAGAUGAAAUUGAUAGAUUAAAUGAAGUUUGUUAGAAUUAAGCAAAAUAAAUACAAAAAUAUAGAGAGUGUUAAGAAAAUGUAUAAAUAUUUAAAAAUUAUCAAAGUAUUAGUUCUAAUUAGAGACCUAGAAAAAAUUAAUAGAAUAGUUAGAAGUAUGUUAAAUCAAGGAUUAAGAUUUAGAGACAACAAAAUUUGUAUUAGAACAAAUGAAAGAAUGUUAAUUAAAUUCUGAUAAGAAUAUGGUUGGAAAUUAAUAUAUAGAAAAUCUAUUAGAGAUUUUAUUACCCAUAGAAUUAAAAUAUAUUGUAUAUAGUUAUGAUCAAAAUAAAGAUUUGUUAUCAGAUUUUUAAGGGUAUAAUAUUUAAAUAGAUAUUUAGUUCUUUUUUUGAAUGGACCAAAGAAACAUAUUAGAUAAUGGAUGUUAAACAAGAAUAAUUGAGAAAGAUUAGAAAAUAAAAGGAGAAGCUAAAUUGUAUUAAAAAAACUAUAACAAGGUAUUAAUAUUUAUUAUUUAUUUUAGUUGUAUAAAUAAUCUUUACACUUCAGUAAAGAUGAUAAUUAGUGAAACUUAAAAGGUUGAUUCUAUUUGGAAGUGUAUUUAUGAGACAUUGGAACCAUUAUAAUUGAGAUCUUUGUUAUUAACAAUUUAUUAAGUAAGAGUGAAUAUAGAUUAUUUUUAGAAUUAACAUAGACCAGUUUUUGAUUGUAGUAAUUUAUUUAGCGAUUGUAAAUAUUUCAAAUAAAAUCCAUAAGUAUUUAAUUUAGAUAUAUUAUUAGAGUUAAACUGAUGCAAACUGUUAACGGCCUGCAAAUCUAAGAUAAUAUGUAAAAAAAAAUAAUUGA